AUGAGCUACAAUCUCUGGCGCGCUUUCUUCGAAGAUGAUGUCGAUUCCUUUCGACAAUACCUGGCCAAUGCCACUUUCUCCUCCGUUACGCCGAGAACCCCUGGCGCCGGACAAGUUGGCGGUGCAACGUUGAAGACUGGCAGUCCCGGGAAUUUGGCAGUCUCUCCGAAGACACCUUUCAAGUUUCGAAAGAGUUCGGGAACCACACCUACCAAUGCGACCCCCGGGAAAAAUGCCGGGGUGGUGCUCACGAGGGCGGAAGUGAACACCAAGGACAGUUUCGGCCGGACCAUCCUCCAUCAUGCUGCGUCAUCGCAGUCUGAAGAUGCUCUGGCGUUUGUCAAGGCCUUGUUGGAAACGCCCUUCUUGGAUCUCUACGUCCAGGAUUUGGAAAGUGGGUGGACACCCCUCCACCGUGCGCUAUACUUUGGCAACAUUUCGGUUGCGCAUGCUCUCAUGGCCCGGGACAUACAAGACGCCACAGACUACACAACCAAUGCUCAGCAUUCCCACGCUGGUGGACUGGUCAAAAUCAAAGAUCACGAGGGCAACAGCCCUUUCGAGGUGUUUGGAUUGACCAUUGCGCCCCGGUCUCUUCAGCAGAGAGAUUUCUCCACCCUCUCAUCUGGGAUCCAUGAUGAUGAUAGCAUCAAUGGUGUGGAUGAUAGUGGUGACCACCAAGAUCAUGAACGAUCGAGGCGUCAUGUGACACCUCUGACAGAUCUCGCUGGCGAUGAGGUCUACGCGUUUGGAAGCAACAAAAAUCUAUCGCUUGGUCUGGGCGAUGGGGACGAUAGGCAUUUCCCUGAGCGGCUUCACUUUGAACGCCCCGACCACUUAUUACGCCGUCUCCUCGAUGAUCAUCUUGCUGAAAGACGAAAGGCAUGGGUUCACGAAGACCUGGCGGACAGUGUUGGAGAUCUCCAGUCACGUCCGGAUUUGCCGGCCAUCAUUCGUUAUCAGCCCAUCACAGUACAAGACGUGGUCAUGUCGAAGCUACAUACGGCCAUCCUGACAAACGACCCGAUCUCCAACUUAUACAUUUGUGGGUAUGGUCCUGGUGGCCGACUUGGCACUGGCGACGAAAACACUAGUUUCACAUAUCGCUGCAUCCAAGCUGGCGGUCUAGCUAAACGGCGGAUCUCGUCGAUAGCCCUUGGUCAGGACCAUUCUGUCGCUGUGUGCUCCCAGGGUGAGGUCUAUACGUGGGGCAGCAACCGGUUUGGGCAGUUAGGAUAUGCUCUUCCUGAAGUGGCCAAGAAUGAGGUUCCAACUCAGUUAAUCCCUCGUCAGCUUUUCGGCUACAUCAAAAAGGAAGUCAUCAUUGGCGCCGCAGCAUCCGCUAUCCAUUCCGUGGUUUACACUGCCUCUGCGAUGUACACGUUCGGCAAGAACGAGGGUCAACUGGGCCUGACCGAUGCAGAGGCACGCUCUUUAGAAAUGCAGGUUCUACCACGUCGAGUUGGUGUAUCAGUCUUGCAGUCUCCAAUUCAAUCGGUGAGCGCAAUCGACCGAGCUACCAUUGUUUUGCUCGAGAAUCACGACGUAUUCGUCUUCACACACUAUGGAUGGACUAAGCUUAUAUUCCCCUUGGAAACCUUCACCAACUACUACAUGACUGAUAACCUUUCGACAAGGUCGUAUAUGGAUUCCAAUUACAUCAAACAUAUAACCAGCGGUGGCAACACAAUCUGCGCAAUGUCCUCCUUUGGAGAAGUAUACUCGAUCGAUGUCCCCAAGGUUCCGGAAACUGUACCAUCGAAUAUGUCAACGACUAACCCUACUAAGGCACGCAACGCUCUGCCUGCGCCUUCGCGACUCUGGUCCCUUCGCAAAGCUCACAUGUCGGCCAUCGACGUUGCCGUGGGUCAGGAUGGCUCCAUCAUUCUCUGUACAGCAUCAGGCUCGGCCUGGCGCAAGGAAAAACGGGCAAACAUCAAGACCGUACGAGAUACGAAGUUAAGUUCCGGACGUCCGAAAGACUACAAAUUUGUCCGUAUUCCCAAUCUAACUGGGGUCAUCGCGGUCAGGAGUAACGCAUUCGGAGCCUUUACCGCGGUGCGCAAGGACGUUGGUGCACCACGGGACCAGAUCAUACCUGUGCCACCAAGUUUGUGGAGAGACGCUUUUCGCCUACUACCUAUCCGAGAAUACGGAGUGUCGCAGACGGAUCCUGAGUCAGUGGUCACAGCGCUUGAGGUUGCUCAUGCGAUAACCAGCAGAAGCUCGGCGGAAACGGAUCUCCUCCACAUGUGUCAGCGGUACGAACCUCUUUCCCAGAGUCAAUAUGACUUAUGGAUUACUUCCACCGUCACGGAUGUACGAAUACCCGUCCAUUCGUUUAUACUCAAGGGACGGAGCCGGGUGAUGCGCAACGCUCUGACCGAAGUUCAAGAGACAUACUAUUACUCCAUUCCUGAUAUCAUGUCGAUCGAAUACGGACAAGACGGCCAGAUCCAAGUCUCCUUCCAUGGCGCGGACUUCCUAACUCUCGUUAAUCUUGUGUUGUACCUGUACACCGACAAUUUAGUCGACGUGUGGCAUCAUACGUCGAGGGCUUUACAAUCUGCUGCUCGUUACAGGUCAGUGCGUGUUGAGCUUAUGAAGAUCGCAAGCCACCUCGAAAUGCGAAGCCUUGAACGCGCUGUAAGAGUGAUGGUCGACCCCGCCCGAAGUCUGGCGAACGACAUGGAGCUUGCAGUUGUGGAUCCCGACUUCUUCUCCGAUGCCGAUGUGGUUGUGGAACUCGCAGACGAUGCCGAGUUACCUGCGCAUAGCGUCCUGUUGUGCUCCCGUUGCCCCUUCUUUGACGGUCUUUUUAACGGACGAGCCGGCGGGAUGUGGAUGACUUCGCGACGAAAUACAGCUGAAGAACGGUCCGAAGCUGUACGCGUGGAUUUAAAGCAUAUCGACGAGAAGAUUUUCGUCAUGGUGCUCCGACAUCUUUACGCUGAUACUGGAGAAGAGCUCUUUGACGACAUUCUCACCAAUAGUUUGGACGAAUUUAUCGACAUUAUCAUUGAGCUAAUGUCAGUAGCCAACGAGCUCAUGCUUGAUCGCCUCGCGGUAAUAUGUCAAAAGACUCUCGGCAGGUACGUCAAUAUCAGAAACGUGUGUCCUCUAGUCAACAUAGCUGCAGAGUGUACAGUUGGCACGUUCGUGAAAAUCGCCCUCGAGUACAUUUGCUUGAACUUAGAGAGCAUGUUGGAGCUGAAAUUACUCGACGACCUGGAUAAAGAUCUGCUUGUUGAACUAGAUAUGGUCGUCCAAGCCAACCAGAGAGCCUUCCAGCCUUUUGCUCGCAGCAAUCGAGCUGAGGCGGAACUAUGGGAGAAGUAUCCCGGCUUGUUGGAUCAGAUUGAGGCUGGCCGACAGACAAGGAUAGAUUCUAUGAAGUUAAGAUCAAGGUUGGUCGAAGACGAGGGACGUUUUGCGGCAUCGUUGAAGACGCGGUACGGGAGCCUGGAACGCUCGACCUAUUCGCCCCAGAACAAGAGCUUGUUACCAACCCCCGUGGACUCAUCACCGCCUAGCACUCCAAGCCAGAGUCCGGCGAUGAAGGCCAACGAUACUGAAGAUGACCUCCCUUUCGACAUGGACGGGGAUGACCCAGAGCUACUCGCUGCUGUCCACGGCGAAAGUUCGCUCCCUCGUCCUGCGACAAAACGACCAUCGCUCGAUGGUUUGGCUCCGUCUUCGACACCAAAACUUCCCCUAAAUGAUUCGCCUCCGUCGAUGAGCAGGUCGCGUGGAGGGUUCUCCAGUUCACUGAGGUCCAAUGAUGAAGACUUGCUAGAUUCCACUGUGACUGAAACACCGACCAGCGGAUUUGCUGCACAAAGAACUCCAUGGGGGGUUCUUGGUCAAGGUGUCAAAAAAGAUGGUCUCAAGGACAUUAUGGAGCAAGCUUCAGCUGCCCGGGUGUCGAAUUUGACUCAGGCAAUGCGGACAGUCUCGACGGGAUCCAAGGCAACUGUCAAAGUUUCGCAGAAGGAGCGCAAGCGCCAGCAACAACAAAUCAAAGAGCAAGGUGCCAGGCCCUCGGCUCUUCCUUCGUCCGCGAAACCCGCAACAACAAGCAGUUCUUCUUCGCCGUGGCAGGCGAUUGCGAAGACACCCAAACCCAACUCCUCACCGACUGCAAUUGCACCAAUCGAGGCGGUCAAACAGAUUUCUGCGAAGCAGCCAAUGACAAUGCGCCAGACCAUCGCCAGAGGCACCUCAACUGCCGGCGGUCCGUCCCCCAAGGGUCCAUCAGCUGGCGCGGGACCUGCAAUCGGUCUUACAGCUCCUUCAAAGCCGGCCGCUCCACAAAUCCAAUCGAUCCGGCAUACGCCGCUGCCAACGAGGGUCUCGACGGUUGACGCACGCACAUCAAUGGCCGAGAUCUUGGCCCAGCAGCAAACCGAGAAGAUUGCGAUCAAGGAAGCGGUGGCGAAGAAGUCAUUACAAGAGAUUCAGCAAGAACAGGAGUUUCAGGAAUGGUGGGACAAUGAGAGCAGGCGAGUGCAAGAACAAGAGGCGCAGGCCAAUGCGGUUGCUGCUGCUCCUCGUCGCGGGAAAGGCGGCCGUGGACGAGGCGGACCUCGUCGGGGGGGAGGAGGGCGGGGGAAAGGAAUGUCGGAUGUUGAAAUCAGUGGCCAGCAGAAGCAAUCUUCGCUGGAUUCGGCGACGGUGAGACAGGAAUCCGAAUCAGUACGAGGAAUUGGGCGUGGUAAUGUGCCCCGGGGCAGUGCCAGCAGAGCCCGAGGUGGUCAAGGAAAGUCACAGCAUCCUCCUCGAGGGGGCAAGGCAUCAAUUUUGAAAGAGUCAUAG